AUGAAAAUGAACAUCAAUCAUUUUGCAUUUAUUAUUCUAUUCUUUAUUGGAUGUUUAUCAUUAAUCAAUCAAAUAAAUUGUUCGAAUAAUAAUACAUCAACAAUGUUAAUUUUAGCAACAUCAUCAUCAUCAAUCAAUAAUUAUUUUAAACGUCGAUUAUCAAGACAUUUUAUUACGAAAAAUAAUAAUUUUACUGAUGAUAAUAUUACUUCAUUAACAAAUCGUAUACGAAUACUUGAUACUUCAUAUAAUUAUAAUGCAAUGAAAUAUUUACCAACUUUUACAAAAACACAAAUUAAAGUUAUUAUAACUGUUGUUAUUAUUAUUAGUUUUAUCAUGUUUAUUAUAGCUAUAUUUCGGUUUAAGAAUGCAUGUCGCAAUCAAGAAACAGACAAUUUACAAACAGAAAUCAUGCGAAAUCGUACUUUACAAUAUAAUGAACCAAGUUCGAGACGUGGUAGUGUAGGAUAUUAUACUCGAAAAUAUAGUCGAACAACAAGUAUUCGUUCAGACGAUCAGAUAAAUAAUUCGUUACCAACUAAACGACUUAGUAUUCCUGCUUGUGAUCACUCGUCAAAACUAGCAGCUGUCGUUGUUUUACCGUCUUCACCCGUAGAUACAACAGACGUUACACAUCAUCAUCAUCAUCAUCAUCAUCAUGUCAUCUCCUCCUGUGACACAUCGAAUAUUCCUAAUCAACAAAUAUCAAUUACUUCAACUUCAUCUAUUAAUAUAAAGCCAGUUGUACACAACUCAAGUUCUCCUAUUGGUACGAAUCAAAUAAACUACCUGUCAUCGUUUAAUAAUUUCUCUUGCUUUCAUUUUGUUUUGUUUUGUUUUAUUCUUUCUUUCAUCACAAUUCUUUCUAUUCAUCAUCAAUCACGUCGUUUGAUCCUCUGCACGGUUCCACCACAUAUUUUGUGCCGUCCAAAUACAGUACGUUAUAUAUUUGUUGUUAACGUGCAUGAUCAACGACAUCGAUAUUCAACUAGAAAAAGAAAUAAUACAAAACUGUCGUCGCCAACACUUCGUAAACUUUGUCUACCGUGUAUAACAACACGACAUCAUAUUCGUCAUCAUACAAAUAAAAAGAAACCAUCAAAAUUUAAUCAACAUCAUAUUGUAACGGGUGUCCCUCAUGAUAAUAACGGUGUUGAAUCAUUACAACAAUUUGAAGUGAUUUCAAGAACAUAUGAUACUAAAUCGACAAUACCGGUUGGACAUAAUAAUGACUAUUCAUAUGAAAAUAAUACUAAUCAUUCUCACGAGCCACACCAACAUUUUGAAAUUUCAUUUCAGAAUGAAAAAACAGAGGAGAAAAAUAAUGAAAUAUCGCUUGUAAAAAUAGAAAACAAACCGAUAUCAUCAGAAAUAGUAGAAUCAGAAUUAUUACUAUCAUCAUAUACAAAUGAAUUACCGAGAUUAACUGAAGAUGACGUGUGUGAUGAUCGAACGCCAUUGUUAGCAUCGGAACUUGCAUCAACUAUUAAGGAUUCAUCAAACCACACAACUCGUAAAUAUUCUUUCAAUGCGCUCUUACCACUCGUACGUCCUUCAAAUUCACAUCCGCUUUGUUCUUCAUUGACGUCUACGAAUGCCGACGGCAAUAAUACUAGUAACGGUAACGGUGUCAAUUUAAAAUCUCAUCAUCGAGUCUCGCUUACAUCGGCAUUACGUCGAAGUUCAUUUGCUAAACAACCACAAACAUUUUGUUCAACUGUUGAUUCAACAAAUACAACACGAGCAAUAUCAUCACCUACACAUCCAAUUGAAUCCGAUAGUAGCGAUCAAACAUCAAUAUUAUCAAAUCUCUCAAAUUGUUUAAAUAAUAAUCAAGAUAAUAAUUCUUCAAAUAUAAUAUCCACAAAAAAAAUAUUAUAUCAAAAAGAUUUCAUGCAAAAAAUUGAUCGUUUUCGAUUUAUUGAUGAUAGUGCUUCAAGUACAACAACAGUAACAUCACCUGUUGAAAGUAUUGAACAUGUUAAUAAUCGUCAAACAACAUGUAAUAAUUUAAUAAAAAGUACAAUUGAACAAAUUGAUGAUUUUGUUCGAACAAGAUAUGAUACUAAUGAUAAUGAUGAUGUUAAUUCAUUAAUUAAUUGUCUUAAUUCAAAUAUAUUAACAAAUGGUUCAUAUUCAGAUUUAAAUAUUCUUAAUAAUAAAUCAUCAACUAAAACAAUUCUACGUCCACAAACAUUUACACCGGUGAACAAUAAAUCUUUUCAAGUAAUAACACCAACUUUAUCUGGUUGUCAACAACAUAAAUACCACCAAUCAACACCUAUUACUAUUCCACAUUCAAUUACAUCUUUACCAUUAUCAAAACAACGAAAUCAAAUCGAUAUAAAUGGAUAUUCACGUUCAAUGGAUUUUCAAACACUAACAAAUAAACAUGAACUUAUUCGACCAGUAACAAUUAUUUCAACAAUAAAUGAAACAUCAUCAUCAUCAUCAACAGCUACACUUACAUCAUUACGUAAUUCAACUAGUUUAGAAUUUGAUGAUAAUAUUAAACCGUCCGGUGUUCUUGUUGAUGAUGAUUUUUUACCAAUGUCAUCACCAGUUGAUGAACAUUUUUGGGAUAUGAAUAUUAAAAAUUUCAAUUUAUUAAAUAAUAAUAAUCAUAAUAAUAAUAAUAAAUGUUUUCCAAAUGUUGGUUCAUCACCUGAUAUUGAAGUUAAACAUUUUAAUUUACAACAAUUUAGUACAUUAUCAGAAACAUCAUGUGAUGAAGACGAUGAUGAUAAUGAUGAUGAUAGUACAACAUCAACUGAUCAAUUAGAAGCAUUUUCUUUAUAUGAACAUAAAGCAGAUGAAAUAGAAAAAUCAAUUGUUUUAACUAAAUCUAAUUUACCAGUACAAAAAAUCUUGGAAGAAGAAAUAGUUGAUAAACCUUUAUCAAAUCCGUCCAUCAAUUUAAUAGAACAGUUUAAUACUAACAGUAGUUCAGUUCCAAUAUCUUCUCUUCAAUCAAAUGAUGAAUCAUUAUUAGAAAAAUUUUCCUUACCAUCACAAAUACCAAUAUCUUCAGAUUUUCUUUGUGAUAAUAUAGUAUCAUCGAAUCAACAUUCUCAAGCAAUAUCUGAAGAAGAUGAUACACAAGAUAGUUCAACAAAUGAUGCAUCAGAAGGUGAUGAAAGUGCUGAUAAUGGUGAAAUUGAUCUUGUACAAGAAUUUGAAUUAUCAAAAAAAGAACAAGAAAAUAAAACGAAUAAUUUAUGGACAACAAUUAAUCAUGAUGUAUAUAUUAUACAAGAUAAUGAUUUACUUUCAGCUGUGAUUACAACACCAACAAUUGUAAAUCGUAAUACUCAACCAACAUCAAUUAUGAAAAUAUCAAAUACUAAAACAUCGGAUAGUAUUGAUGAACAACAACAACAAUCACCACAACCACAACCACAAGCACAACAGCAACAACAAACAUUAAAACCAAAAGUACGUUUUAAUCUUGAUCCACAAUAUGAACGUGAACGUGAGUGGAAUAAAGUGAAUAAAUUACUUGGAAAUAGUGUUGAAUGGACUGAUGAAUAUGAAGUAUAA